CCCAACAACAUGGCUUGCUGCCUCUGCCAGCUGAAAGAGAAUAUUGAAAUUCUGUGUAAGACAAUCAAGUUACACUGUGAACAUUUGUGUGCCACCAACUCCUCCCUGUGCGUUCACGAAGAACCUUUAGAAAAGAUGCAAGAGGAAUUAAUGAAAGUGUUACAGUCCAGGAAACUGAAUGCCAGCGUUGUGUUAAAUCUUGAGCCUGAGGAACCUUUACUCACCAACAGUGAUAAUAAAAUCACGAUGCUCACAGAUAGCCAGUAUCAACCUAAGAUUGAUAUUAAUCUUAAUAAGUCAGGAGAGCUUCUUCCUGGAAUAAAUUACCUUUUCUUUAAACACCUGACCAAGAAGGGAGAAAUAAAGGAUGUAGGACUGACAGUCCUGCCAUAUUUUAAACUGUUUAAUUUUAAUUUACACAUAGGAAAAGUUACCCCAGGCCCUUUCAAACUUCCUACAGCUCAGUCCAAUAUGUUGGCAUUGACUGACUUUCAGCACGUGGAGUGGGCCAAUGAAAGUGAAUUGAGGAAACUCUAUAUUUUGGCGAACUUGCUAGCAACAGAGCUCCAAGAAAAAUUAUACAAUGCUGAAAAUGGCAAUGGUGCAAACAAGAUCAAAUCUGUGCUCAAGUCAUUCCUGAAGACUCCUGCCAUGCACAAAAGCCAAGCACACGGAACUGAGCGGCAAACUCCAGCAAUGCCCGGGCGUCUGAGAGAACAUUUGAAAACCAGAGGGAUGUGUAGGGAACUUGCAGAGCAAUGCGACAAGGUUUUAUCCAGAAACACACAUGGAAGGAAGAAAACUCCAGAGAGAACAAAGGAAUGUGUGGAUUAUAUGAUGAAAUGUACAAGGGAAGGGAAGGAAAAACAAUCAAAGAAGAUGAAAAGAGAGACCCUGCAAGCUAAAGAAGAGAGAAGCAAAGGAACAAUUUGCUGUUUUAGCAGAAAAAGAAGAAAAACUAAGAAGGCAUUUAAGAGUCAGAUGCCAAAGCAAAGUGACUUAGAUUUGCACCGUGUGGCACAAAGCAGGAAGAAAGUGGCUAGGAGUUUAAAUCCCUCUAGCACAGUUUCUGUCUUCAGACAUAACAAAAUAUCCAUUCCCUCCUCCCAGAGACAUUCCCUUCCACGCUUGCCCACACAGGCCUCUCACUUGACUGUCUCAUUUAAGGUUGAAAACAAUUCUGAGGACUUAACAGGUAAAAUCAUUAUUUUCUUGGAACAUGACAAUAAAACUGGUAGGAAGAAAGAUCUGGACGCUCUAAAGGCAAAGCAUGCACCCCUUAGAGAACCUAAAAAAGUUCUUAUUUUCAGAAAACAUGGCCAGAAAGGGAGCCCGCAUUUCAGUAGAAAUAAUCAUCUUUUCCAGAAGGCAUUUCAUCGAGUGAAUUCAGCUGUAAGCCACAUGCUAGUGGAAAGAAAACAAAAGCACAGGAUGAAUAGUAAACAAGGUGUAAUCAAUAGGUUAUCACACAGAAAGAGUGCUGCUUUGACUGAUGCUGUCUUGGAGAAGCCAUCAGAAAACAAAGACUCUUCGCUGGAUGAUAUCUUACCCAGCAUACACCAAGUCAAUGAAACACACUGGAAGCAUCAAAAAGAGAGCUCUGGUUUUCCAUAUGCACUUAGUGGUUCAUCAUCCCCAGAUAAUUACUCUGUUCAAGGAGACCUGUUUGAAGCUGAGCUGAAUAAUCGAUUGCACUCCCUCAUCCCAAACCAAGCUGUGAGAAACCUCAUCUCCCAUGUGAUCCGAACCCUGAAAAUGGACUGCACUGAGCCCAGGGUGCAGCUGGCCUGUGCGAAGCUCAUCUCUAAGACAGGCCUGCUCAUGAAACUGUUCAGUGAGAGAGAAGAUAUCAAAGAAACCUCCUCUUUGUGGCGAACAUACCUCUGGGAAAACGGGAACGUGCCCAACAAAAGCGCCCACCAGAGGAAAGCCAGCAAGAAGGAUUCAGAGGAGUUAUCCCCAGAGCCUCCCCAGUACAGCUACGGCAACAAGCUGCUGCUGGCGAUUUCGGUGACAGUGGUCAUAAUGAUUAUCAUUGCAGUGAUUUGUCUCAUCGAGAUUUGUUCCCAAAGAUCCGCAGCAUCUUCUCAAUCAACACAUGAUAACAAACCACAGUCAAUAUGGCCGUUUCAGAAACUCUCCCAAGAGAGAAAGAGCAAAAUCUCUUCUGAAGCGAUCCAUCAGGUCCCUGGUGUAUCAGAGACUUCAAGUAUGGAGAAACCGCUUUGGCUUAGAGACAUGUAUCUCCCAUUGGAUUCUAUACGUAAAAAAUCCAUGGCCCAGAAGUUAUAUGACAGAGACUCCUCGGAUGAGGAAGAAAUUUUCAACAGGGCUGAUGUAAGGUAAAUCAGGGAAUAUUAGCAAUGCCUAGAGUUAUCACUGCAUUUCCCCUUGAGCUCCUGCUUUAGAGCCACACCAUCCCCCACCCAUGCAGGGACUAGGAGGCUCUGGGACUUCCCCUUUGCUCACUUGCCAUCAGAUCAUCCCUGAAGAUGUCCCAUGAUGCACUGGGAGAGUGGCCAUCUUGGGCCAGCUCCAUAGGACAGUUGCCUUUGCCCAUCCUCAAAGCCAUAUUGCAGUGCCCCUCUCCACAUGUGAUCCAGAGCCCCCACGGGCUUGAAGAGAGAACACAACAGAGAACUGCUAUCUCCUCGGGCCGACCCUUCACGCUCCUCACCAGCCCC